CGAGGCACGGGCACGCUUGGUCCGUGUGUCAGUGUCGAUUCGUUGUGGCUGUCCGCUGUUGUCAGUACGGUGUGUGUAGCUGGACUAGGAUGCGGUAUCGCGUAACAUUAUGGUACGUCCGGUGGUCGGGACUUGGUGAGAAGGUCGUCGAGGCAGUGGACGCGUCUCGCUAAAAGGAAAUGCGGUAUAUCAUAUCACGGGAGUGCAGGCCAGGCUAACCUAAGCGAGGCUUGUUUGUUAGUGGUUCUACUGCGAAGGUGUGUAAGUGUGGUAAAGAGUGCGCGGGGACUCGCAUCGAAGGUGAGCACCACACCACCACCACACCACCGUCACCGCCACCGCCACCACCAUCAGGGGAGUCCCGGUGUCCGAGGGGAUAUGUACGCGCACGUCAAGAUGUCGUCAGGAGGACACAGCAGUCGUACCAGAGCGGUGCACAUAGGUUCAAUUUUCCAGAAGCUUCACGGCCGUUUCGCCGACCCGAUGACAGCGUCGAAACUCUCCACCGACAAGCGAAUGUUGGACAAGACCUGGAAGCUGAUGGACAAGGUGGUGAAACUGUGUCAACACCAGCGAAUGAACCUGAAAAAUUCCCCCCCGUUCAUCCUAGACAUCCUGCCCGACACCUAUCAGCGGCUGAGACUGAUUUACAGCAAAUACGAGGACAGGAUGCAGAUGUUGCACAGCAACGAGCAUUUCUGCGUGUUCAUCAACAACCUGAUGAGAAAGUGCAAACAGGCGAUCAAGCUGUUCAAGGAGGGCAAAGAGAAGAUGUUCGACGAGACAUCGCAUUAUCGCCGGAACCUGACGAAGCUCAGCCUCGUGUUCAGUCACAUGCUGUCCGAGCUGAAAGCCAUCUUCCCGAACGGGGUGUUCGCCGGGCACAAGUUCCGCAUUACGAAGGCGGACGCGGCCGAGUUCUGGAAGGAGAGCUUCGGGAUCAGUACGUUGGUUCCGUGGAAACUAUUCAGGGAUAAGUUGAAUGAGGUUCAUCCCAUUAGUUCUGUACUGCAAGCCAUGGCAUUGAAAUCCACGAUAGACCUUACGUGCAAUGAUUACAUCUCGAACUUUGAGUUUGAUGUGUUUACAAGGUUAUUUCAACCAUGGUCUACACUCUUACGUAACUGGCAAAUUUUGGCUGUGACUCAUCCUGGAUACGUAGCUUUCCUUACUUAUGACGAAGUGAAAGCACGUUUACAAAAGUAUUGCAGACCUGGAAGUUAUGUAUUCCGAUUAAGUUGUACAAGGUUAGGACAAUGGGCUAUCGGUUAUGUCACCUCUGAUGGGGACAUUCUUCAAACCAUACCUCACAAUAAAAGUUUAUGUCAAGCCUUGCUUGAUGGAUAUCGGGAAGGCUUUUACUUGUAUCCUGAUGGUCAUAAUGUGAAUCCAGACUUGACAUGGGCAGUGCAACCUACCCCAGAGGAACAUAUAAAAGUUACUGCAGAACAAUAUGAAUUGUACUGUGAAAUGGGUAGCACAUUCCAGUUGUGUAAAAUUUGUGCAGAGAAUGACAAAGAUGUGAGGAUAGAACCCUGUGGACACCUACUCUGUACUCCGUGUUUAACAGCUUGGCAGGUAGACUCUGAAGGACAAGGUUGUCCGUUUUGUCGAGCUGAAAUAAAAGGAACAGAACAGAUAGUCAUUGAUCCAUUCGAUCCUCGAAGAACACAUCGACCAGGAACACAUUCAGCGUCUGCUAGUAACGCGUCAACCCCCACACGGGAUCUUGACCCAGACACCGAGGAGAUCAUGGAUCUCUGCAACGGCCACUGCGGGUCCAUGUGCGAGGACUCGGACGAAGACGAGGACUCCAGUCCCACCAAUUCCCCGGUGUCGACGCGGAGGAUCGUGCCGAGCCCGCCGCUGCCGCCGCGGCGGCCGUCGCCGUCGCCGACGCCGAACAGCCACUCGAGGAGUCGUCAUUUAACCGUGCCCAAGGAGAACGCCCCGCCGCCUCCCUCGACCGCCGUUAACGCGGUGUUCAACUCGUGCGCCGACAAUCAACUGAACAACAAUAUGAACUCCGAGGCAGGGUACGACAUGCUGCACCGCGCUUCGUCGCCGUCGCCCGCGCCCCCGAUACCGCCCGUGCCGUUUCUAGUGAACAGAGGGCACGUGCGCCGAACCCAAGGGAAUCACAUAUCCGCGGCUGCACAAUCGCAGCAGCCGCCAACGUUGCCCGAAAAGCUCAGCCGUUCGAGCGGCGGCGGCAGCGGCGGCGGCGUUGGCGUUGGCGUUGGCGGCGGCGCAGUCGGGUCGUCGACGUCGGGUCAGACGACGUCCAGCAACAGCGUGCCGCCGGUGCCACCGCCUUUAUCGGUGCCGCGGCCGCCGAAGUCCGGCAAAGAGCACAAUAGACAGGAUCACCAUUACGAGAACACGAUCGUGAUACCCGGUACGAGACAGCACGUCGUGAGGAACAUUAAUCUGGAAGCGAAUACGGCACGAUUGUCCGCCCUAAUGAGAGGGUUGAACACAGAGGGGUCGUAACUGGCCUACCUUGCGCGCAGAGGCGUGUAAAAUUGAUUGACCCUUAACCGAGGGUGCGAACCGAUUCCCGGGCCUCGGGAAUCCUUGAUUCCACGAGCAAUUGCGCAUCCCGGGCACCAGAAAUGAAACAAAUAAUAAUUCCCUUACGAGUUAGCCACGGGCAACGUGUCCCCAAAAGUUUGCCUCGAGAAAGUCAACUGCGUGAAUUAUUUUUCCACGCAUUCUAGUGGUCCCUUUAAGUCUCGUCACUGUGAACAUUAAGAUGCUCAGAGGUACCAGUGUAUUUCUUUCUCGACAAAGAGGAACGAAGAGAAGAAGAAACAAAGAAAGAAACAAAUAAAUAAAUAAACAGAAAGGAGACUUAUGACCGCGACGAGUAAUUGUAAGUAAGAGUGAUGUGAACGUUGAACUUCGCGAGCAAGUUCACGACCGCCGAGUACAAAGUAUUUCGUUUUAACCGCGAUCGACCGAUGGAGCGAUUUCACUCGACCAUUCUCCCCCCCUCGUAGCUUUCAAUUUUUCGCAUAUACACUAAUUACGUAUUUCAUUCGUAUACUUAACACGGUAACGAAAAAGGAGUAUACUUAGAGGUAACGAUACAGCGAUAGAUUAAAUUCGGCGGGACCAUGGACGU